UCUGAAUCUACAAGGAUCGGAGAAGGGCAUACGUACAACAUCACUAACAUCAGCAAUAGGUCUGAAUCUACAAGGAUCGGAGAAGGGCAUACGUACAACAUCACUAACAUCAGCAAUAGGUCUGAAUCUACAUGGAUCGGAGAAGGGCAUACGUACAACAUCACCAAUACCAGCAAUAGGUCUGAAUCUACAUGGAUCGGAGAAGGGCAUACGUACAACAUCACUAACAUCAGCAAUAGGUCUGACUCUACAAGGAUCGGAGAAGGCCAGAUGUACAACAUCACUAACAUCAGCAGUGAGCACAGUGGACUCAGGAAGAAUGGGUCUGAAUCUACAAGGAUCGGAGAAGGGCAGACGUACAACAUCACUUACAUCAGCAGUGAGCACAGUGGGCUUUACUACUGUAAGGCAGAGAACAGACACGGAGCCAGUGAUUCCAAUGCCACAUAUUUGGAUGUGCACUACUCCCCCAGGAACACCUCAGCAUCACUCAGCCCCUCUGGUGACCAUCAUUACUGUGACUCAGUGACUCUGACCUGCAGCAGUGAUGCCAACCCACCAGUGCACACCUACACCUGGUACAAGAGGACCGGAGAUGGAACAGUUCUUCAGGGCACAGGGAGGGUGUUGAACUUCACUCUUAAUCGUUUCACUGGUGCGGAUGUACUUUAUCACUGUGAGGCACGAAAUAAGGUCGGCUCGGAGAACUCAACCACAGUAGGGAUCUCGUUGGCAGUUCCAGAAAAACAUUCCUCCUUGAAUCCUGUGGUUGGAGGAGUGAUUGGAGGCAUGCUGGCUGGUUUUGUAGCUGGAGUUCUGACUGGAGUUCUGACUGGAGUUGCUGUCUACAAGAGAGUGACUCAGACCAGACAAGGAGGAGGCACCACAGCUGGUCCACAGACUGCAGACAAGAAGACCAGAGAUAAUACAUACGAAAUGAACCACAAUGGGGCCACGUCAUCUGAAUAUGACCCUUUGACAGAGGAUAGUUUUUAGGCUGUCCAGCCUGGUCCCACUGAUGACACAUACACGGGUCUCAACCUCACCACCAGAUCAUAUCUGUCAUGUGUUCUGCUCUCAGAAUGUGAAGAUCUCCGCUGAUGGUGCCGCCUACACCCCCAGUCACCCCUGAAGCCUCAAACAAAUGAGAACUAGAGAGAGAGAGAGAGAGAGAGAGAGAGAGAGAGAGAGAGAGAGAGAGACUGAAUUGGAGGCUCAGAUGACUGAGGGAGGGUGUUUGUUCUCUUUCCAUCUGAUGAGAUGCUGUUCCCUAAUUCACCCAGCAGAGGGUGCUGAAACGGGAAUAUUGAAAGCUUAAAACAUUUUCUCCUUAGAAAGUUAUUUCCUAUUUUUUGAUAUUUUAUGCAGAAAGAACACACGGUAGGUCUUGUUCUACUACAAGAUGUUUCAUGUUCUUGCUGCUGUUUAAUGCAAUGCAAAUGUAAUGCAAUUAACAAAGUGCAAUAUUCCAUUUUGUGUGAUAAAUGAUGUUCUGUUUGGUCCCACACCAGAUGUGCCUCACGUGAUUGUGCUAAUUAGAACUAAUCAACCAUUAUGCUUCUUUUCAGCAAAACAUCCUAAAUGUUGUAAU